AUGACUGACAUGCGUAUGACGGAGCGUCCGGGCUUCACCGGGAAACUUAAUGAGAAAAUCCUGGCGCGAGUUCGUUUCCUGGCGCAGGAGCUGCAGCUGCCUGAACUCGAGGCGAAGUUUCCCCACUUGAAGGCCUCGGACGGCUCCUGGCGGCCACCGCUUCCAGGCGAUGAUGUGAACUUGGCCGCUUACGUGGACCACACGCAGCUUAAGCCGGAGGCCACGCAGGCGGCCAUCGUGAAUCUCUGCGAAGAGGCGAAGCAAUACAAAUUCCAUGCCGUGUGCGUGAACGCUUGUCGCGUGAAGCUUUGUGUGGAGAAGCUGCGGGGCACGGGCGUCAAAACAGGCGCAACAUGCGGCUUUCCGCUUGGCGCUUGCACCACGGCGACGAAAGUUGCGGAGGCGCAGAUGAUGGUGCAGGAGGGCGCAGAGGACAUGGACAUGGUGAUCAACGUGGGCGCGCUGAAGGACAAGGACUAUCGGUUUGUGCUGGAGGACAUUAAGGCGGUCCUCGCCGUGUGCCCGCCGCAUGUGACGACGAAGGUGAUUUUCGAAACAUGCCUGCUGACGGAGGAGGAGAUCAUCGACUGCGCCAUCAUGAGCGUCGCGGCGGGCGCGACUUUCGUGAAGACGUCCACUGGGUUUAACAGCGGCGGUGCCACGCCGGAGGCCAUUGACGUCAUGCUCGCCGUUGUCGGCAGGGCCGCGAGGGUGAAGGCGAGCGGCGGCGUGCGAGAUUGGGUGACGGCGCUGCAGUACGUGAAGGCGGGAGUCGCCCGCCUUGGCACCAGCAACGGCGUCGCCAUCGUCACGCGCAAGUGA